AUGGCAUCAUUCUUCAAUCUCACCAGCAACUACUCCCUCUACACCAUCCCCGCUGCUUGGGUCGUCGCCCUCGCGCCUCAUGCCGUGACGCUGGCGCUCGCAAAGUCCAUUGACAAGACUGCCCCUCGCACCUAUGCCAAGAGCCUUGAGAGUGACCAGACCCUUGACAAAGCCACCAAAGCCAAGAUCCACCGCUGCGAAGGCGCGCAAACCAACGGUUUCGAGAAUAUCGGUCUCUUCGCCGCCGCCGUCAUCGCAGGAAACAUUGCUGGUCUGCCCGCUGAGACCUUGAACACGCUGUCAGGAGGAUAUAUUCUUAGCCGAAUCGUGUAUAACUAUAUUUAUAUCACGGGUACGACAGAGGCGAUGGCGAGCGCACGCACUUUGGCAUUCUUUGCAGGCAUUGGGCAGGUCUUUGCCUUGUUUAUCAAGAGUGGAAAUGCCUUGAGGAAUCGAAUCUGA